UCGAUUAAUCGAAAUUUCAUAUUUCAGUUCAAUUUCGUACGUUUUGCGUUUUCGAGUUACUAGCGUAGCGAAAUCGAAAGCAAGUUACUGUACGUUCUUGUCUAGUUUUUUUUUCGGUGGUAUGUUGGAUUUCUUUAAAUUCCAACUGUGUUUCUAGUCAUCAAUUAAAGUGAUCUCCUUCCAUAACAAAGUCAAAUAAAUAUUCACAAAUCAAGUUUUAUCAUCCACAUUCCCAGAAAAUAAAUUUUCGAUUUUAAAGUUCCUUUUGAAACCCAAAUUCAAUAUUUAAAAAAAGAUUUGCAUAAUGUCAUCUUCAUCGCAGCCUCAACAAUUUGCACUCUUGCCAAAAAUCAUUAAUGGUGGUAUUGCUGGUAUAAUUGGUGUCUCAUGUGUGUUUCCAUUGGAUUUAGUUAAGACGCGAUUGCAGAAUCAACAAGUUGGCCCAAAUGGAGAGAAGAUGUACAAAAAUAUGCUCGAUUGCUUCCGAAAGACGUACCGUGCCGAAGGAUACUUUGGCAUGUAUCGCGGAUCGGGUGUGAACAUACUCUUGAUCACCCCUGAAAAAGCCAUCAAACUAGCUGCCAACGAUUUUUUCCGACAUCAUCUGACAAAGGCUGACGGUAAACUUCCAAUUACUCAUCAAAUGGCCGCAGGCGGUCUUGCAGGUGCUUUCCAAAUCAUCGUUACCACUCCAAUGGAAUUGUUAAAAAUUCAAAUGCAAGACGCUGGUCGUGUUGCAGCACAAGCCAAAUUAGCUGGCAAAACUGUGCCCAAAACUUCUGCUACACAAAUUGCAAGUCAAUUAAUCAGAGAAAAAGGUAUCUUUGGUUUGUACAAAGGAAUCGGUGCUACUGGCCUGCGAGAUGUGUCGUUUUCAAUUGUAUACUUUCCACUGUUUGCUACUUUGAAUGGACUUGGACCACGAAAAGCUGAUGGUUCAGGAGAUGCCGUAUUUUGGUGCUCCUUCCUAUCUGGAUGCGCUGCUGGUUCUAUGGCUGCUUUGGCUGUCAAUCCUUUCGAUGUAGUAAAAACUCGCCUUCAAGCAUUGAAAAAGGCUGAAGGUGAAAAAGAAUUCAAAGGAAUUGGAGAUUGUAUCACAAAAACACUGAAACACGAAGGGCCAACUGCUUUCUUCAAGGGUGGACUCUGUCGAAUGAUUGUGAUCGCACCGCUCUUUGGUAUUGCCCAAAUGAUUUACUUCUUAGGUGUAGCCGAAUCGUUACUUGGCCAGAAGUAAGACUAAGUCAAUUAAAUUGUUAUUCCAACAAAUUUUAUAAGCAUAAAAGUCAUCCACCCAAAAUAUUAGAAAUGAUAUAUUAUAUAAGUGUGUUAUAUUUAAUAAGAUGAAUGUAAAAUUACUUGCAAAGCAUUUAAAAAGCAACAUAGAGUUUUAUGUGUGUUAUAUGCCAUUUUAGUUUUAAACUUCAUAAGUGUGUUACAUGUUUUGAAUAUAAGUAUAAAACAUUGUAAAGGUAUUGAGCCAUUCAAACAAAAUUUAUAAAACACCGCUGCCUAGUGUAGACAAAUGCCAAACGUUUAUUGCAUUCAAUAUUAAAUAUUGUUGCAAUAUAACUGUUGUUAAAAAAAAAUAAUAUUGCACCAAUACACUGAUAAAAAUGACAAUAAAUUUGAUGCCACGUCGAUUAGUAAUAUAAUUUAGUAGUUGACACAAAAAAGAAGCAAUUAUUUUAUAUGAAAAUUUAAACUAAGAAAAAUAUCUUCUCAAAAUUCUCUUACUCAGAAAUAAUAUUGUAUUGUAUGUAAAUGAAAAACAAUAUUAUUAAGUACACUAUGUCAAAGACAUUUUGCAGUAUUUUAAGUAAAUUUCAUUCACAAAUCCGAUGAUAAAAAAAAAUUCUAUAAGAAAAAAGCUAAACGAGGUAUUAUUGUUCUGUGUGCAGUUUUUUUUUUGUCUAAUAUUAUUAAAUUGUUUGUUAUUUUACUUUAAGUUAAAAUUUAAUUAAAAUAUCGAUCAAUUA